UGAGAGUCCACCAUCGCUACACCCCCUCCUUCCGCCCCCUCCACUCACAGAAACGGAAUUAAAAAAUCUUUAAUAUCUUUCCAGCAACGAGCCUCCAUUGCUGCAGCAGGGAACACACACACAUACACACAUACACACACACUGUGGGCCUUUCAAAAAAACGAAGAAGAAGACGAAAAAGCAGCCCGCAGAUUUCAGAGCACCUUCCUCACACUGACGUUACUCAUCAUCCGACAAAAGGGGGAGAGAGGCUGUAACCUGAAUGUACUGAAUGUAUAGCGCCGCUGACAUCGUGACAACACCAGCUCUGUCUGUGGAUCUGUGCAACUCGCUCUCCUGAUUGUGUAAUAUCUUUUUUUUCUUCCUCUUCUUCCUGCAAGCGGCCAAACCUGCAUCCGAGAGGAGAAACAGAAGAAGAAGAGGAGGAGGAGGGGAAAACAGACAAGGGGGGAUUGCAACAUACAUCAGAAUUUAUUUUUCUUCCUAUUACAUGGCGCAAGGGCUAUACAAACGGGACCGUCCUGGGUGUGAUACUGCCACGGUGAAUUUGGAUAUCCACGCAGAAGCGGCGGCAGCAGCAUCCUCCUCCAUCCGCGGUGCAAGCAUCCUCGGCUGCGGCGGCGCCCACACCGACUCCUCGUCCUCCUCCUGCCGGCUCUAUGUCGAGUGAUGGUCGGCUUGCCUUGCUGGAUGCUCCCCGCUCUCUCCGGAUCGUCGACGACCGAACCUCCUCUGACCGCAGACCCCCAUUUUCGGCGGAAACCUUCCCAGAGCUAUAGGGCUACAUAUGGAAACUGGGGAUCAAAAUUUUAGGAAAAAGGAAAAUCUACGCGGUUACUUUCUUUCUUUUCUUUUUUUUUUUUUAGGUUUUUAUCGGUUUCUGUUUUCUCCCCUCUGUGUGUGUUUUUUAAAGCCUGCUAAUUAAUUAAUUUAUUUGUUGAGCCUUGAUUUCCUCAUUCCACCGUGUGUAGGGUUGUGAGAAGCCAGCGUGAUAUUUUCUUUUAACCCCACAAUAGGUCGUUAUUAAAAAAAAAAAACACCCCAGGAGUCGCUUUUAUUUCUCCACAGGACUUGAAUCCGUCCAUUUGUUUAGUCUCUUGUUUCUACUAAUAUGACAGAUUCCCUUGCUGCCCUUCAUUUACCUCCCCACUUGCUUCCCUCCUUUUUUGACUAACAAGACACAUUAGAAUAAUAAUAUUAUUAAUAAUCUUUAGAGGUUUAGUUAUAAUUCUGAAUUCUCAAUGUUAUAGCCUCUGACUAAAGUAACUGUAACUCACUGUAACAGACAUAUUGAACUGUUGUACUGUAAGCCUGCCAUUACUCUUAACACCGCCCCCCCCUAACCAUCUCUGUGCUCCAUUUGAGCUCAUGUUAAUUCAGCUCUGUGCUCAGCUGUAACCUUUACAAGUUUUUUUUUCCUCUCGCAGGCCUGUAGAGAAUAAACCUCACUUUGGUUUAUCUUACUUCCGCCUUUAGGCUGCCACUAUAGGAGAUAAUUAAUCCUUUAAAGCUCAGUGUUAGUCUCCAUACAUCUGCAGCUGGAGGCCUGCUGAGGUGCUGUCAUCCUCUGCACACCUCAUUCCUCAUCUUUCUCUGUGUAUCAAAGUAAGAACAGCCAGAGGGGAGAGACACCACUGCCUCUUCCUCUCCUUCCUCCCCCCCACCAAAAACCUCCAUCCUCAGUUUUUCUCUUGUUUUGGUCCUCACCCAAACGCAACCAUAAGGUUCCUACCGCAUCCUCCUCCUCCUUCUUCCCUCUCCUUCCGCACGAGUAUAUCCCGUUUUUUCGGUUUGGUUUGGUCCCGCAAAUUUUCAAAUAUUUACUUCCUGUACAUCAAGAGGAAAGGGGGUCCCCCUUUCAUGGAAUGCGGAAACAUGGGUCUGUUCGACCGCGGAGUCCAGAUGCUGCUGACCACGGUGGGAGCCUUCGCGGCCUUCAGCCUCAUGACCAUCGCGGUCGGCACGGACUACUGGCUGUACUCCCGCGGCGUCUGCAGGUCCAAGUCCAUGAGCGAGAACGAGACCAGCAAGAAGAACGAGGAGGUGAUGACCCACUCGGGCCUGUGGAGGACGUGCUGCUUGGAAGGAAACUUCAAAGGGAUGUGUAAACAGAUAGACCACUUUCCUGAGGAAACAGAUUAUGAAGCGGACCCGUCUGAGUACUUCUUACGUGCGGUGCGAGCCUCCAGCAUCUUCCCCAUCCUCAGUGUCAUCCUGCUCUUCAUGGGAGGCCUGUGUAUAGCUGCCAGUGAGUUCUACAAGUCACGCCACAACAUCAUCCUCAGCGCAGGGAUCUUCUUUGUGUCUGCAGGCCUGAGCAACAUCAUCGGGAUCAUCGUGUACAUAUCAGCCAAUGCGGGGGACCCUUCAAAAAGCGACUCAAAGAAGAACAGCUAUUCUUACGGCUGGUCCUUCUACUUCGGUGCCCUCUCUUUCAUCAUGGCUGAGAUGGUGGGCGUCUUGGCCGUGCACAUGUUCAUUGACCGCCAUCGACAGCUCCGAAUAGGGGCGCGCGCAGCCGACUACCUCCAAGGCUCGGCCAUAACGCGGAUCCCCAGCUACCGCUACCGCUACAGACGUCGCUCGCGCUCCUCCUCCCGCUCCACAGACCCGUCACACUCCCGCGACACCUCGCCGGUAGGCCUAAAGGGCUUCAGCGCGCUGCCAUCCACGGAGAUCUCCAUGUACACGCUGCCCCGGGACACCCUCAAGUCCUCCGGCACGCCCACCGCCACCUACAACUCUGAGAGGGACCACAACUUCCUGCAAGUCCACAACUGCAUCCAGAAGGACCUGAAAGACUCGAGCCAGACCAACACAGCGAACCGCCGCACCACGCCGGUAUGAGGGAGUCGACACAGGCCAGGGCAGCCCGGCGGAGAGCGGAGACCAGGAGACACGGGAACCCCUGUGGGUGCAGUAUGCCCCAGGAGAAGAUGGAUUUCCAUGUUUAUAGACAUUUGUUCUUUUUGUUCAGCUGCAUGACUUUUCCAUUACCAUUGUUGAGAGAGUUUCAACAAGUCUGCUGUGUUCCUGGAUUGAAUGGCAGAACAGUGAGAAUGGGUCAGGGUGUCCCGAGAGAGUGAGAUCUGUCAUUUUUUUGCGCAGGGUUUG